AUGUUCAGAAGAGUACAAGCACAAGGUAGAUUAGCCUUUAAGAGAUUCCAAUCUAAUUCACAUGGACACGGACACGGACAUGCUGCUGGUGCAUCUGAGGCCUCUUCGUUCACCAACAAGUACAACUUCAACAUAGAUCCUCCAGCAGUACACGAGUACUGGAAUGCUCGUAAUGCUAGCGUGUUAUUAGCAUUUAUUCCUGCUUAUAUGGUGGUGGCAUCUGUUGCCAAAUAUGUUGCUGAGAACCAAGAGGGUUGGGGUGGAUUACAUGAAUAUGCUGAUGCUCACUUUGAUAAGAUAUACCAACACAGAUUUGGUGAAGAACCAAAGCAAUAA